GUUGCGAACGAGCACACACAUAGGAAAGGGACGGUGUAGCGAGGCACGAAGCGAGUGCGUUGAUGUAACGGAGCUGGCCGCCAGCUGCUGUAAAUGCGUUUUGUUUAUGAAUGCUUUCGCUGCUAGCACCGUCGCCCGUUUCCUCUCCACUCGGCGGGGCAGCAGCUGCUACGAGCCUCACUGGCUGCAGAUAGCGUCGGUGGAGCCGGCCAUGGCUGUGAUAUAGCCGGGGCCCAGAAGACUUGCAUUGCAACUGGGAAAUUCAUUGUUGAUACCAAGAUCGCAUCGCAGAGGCACCUCUCACAGCUGGUAGAGGGUAGUCCAUAUUUUGUUGCAGUUCCGGAAACCUAGCUCGUGUAGCCUUUAGGCCACACCAACCUAAUACAAUCUGGUCAUUCUAGCGGGAGUUUGGAUGUUUCGUUUCAGCUGACCAAGAUAUGGCUGUUCUUAAACUCGUUGAUCAGCCUCCUCUUGUCCAGGCCAUCUUCAAUGGAGACCCUGAGGAGAUUCGCAUGCUCAUCUACAAGUCUGAGGACAUCAAUGUUCUGGACACAGAGAAGCGAACGCCGCUCCAUGCUGCGGCUUUCGUCGGUGAUGCAGAGAUCACAGAAUUGCUCAUCCUGUCUGGAGCACGGGUCAAUGCCAAAGACAACAUGUGGCUCACUCCUCUCCACAGGGCUGUGGCAUCCCGUAGUGAGGAGGCUGUGCGGGUCCUGAUCCGCCACUCUGCUGACGUGAAUGCCCGCGACAAGAACUGGCAGACACCGCUGCACGUCGCCGCCGCCAACAAAGCGCUCCGCUGCGCUGAGGUCAUCAUCCCGCUGCUGAGCAGCGUCAACGUGUCGGACCGCGGGGGUCGCACCGCCCUGCACCACGCCGCUCUCAACGGCCACACCGAGAUGGUAAGCCUGCUGCUAGCUAAAGGGGCCAACAUAAAUGCCUUUGAUAAGAAAGAUGGCCGUGCACUUCACUGGGCUGCAUACAUGGGUCACCUGGAUGUGGUAUGUCUGCUGGUGAGCCAGGGGGCGGAGAUAAGCUGUAAGGACAAGCGAGGCUACACCCCCCUCCACGCUGCAGCCUCCAACGGUCAGAUCGCCGUGGUUAAGCACCUGCUCAACCUGGCCGUGGAGAACGCCCCUCUUCCCGCGACCAUGGACGACACGCAGAUUGACGAGGCGAACGCGUUCGGCAACACGGCGCUGCACGUGGCCUGCUUCAACGGGCAGGACGCGGUGGUGAGCGAGCUCAUCGACUACGGCGCCAACGUGAGCCAGCCCAACAACAAGGGCUUCACACCGCUACACUUCGCUGCCGCCUCCACGCACGGCGCCCUCUGCCUGGAGUUCCUGGUCAACAACGGAGCUGAUGUCAAUGUACAGAGUCGUGAUGGGAAGAGUCCUCUCCACAUGACUGCUGUUCACGGGCGUUUCACACGCUCCCAGACUCUCAUCCAGAACGGUGGAGAGAUAGACUGUAUGGACAAGGAUGGAAAUACUCCUCUGCACAUUGCUGCCCGCUACGGCCAUGAACUCCUCAUCAACACACUCAUCACCAGUGGAGCUGACAUCACCAGGCGAGGGGUGCAUGGGAUGUUCCCCUUACACCUGGCGGCACUAAACGCCCACGCUGACUGCUGCCGGAAGCUUCUCUCCUCAGGGCGGAGGUAUAGCAUAAUGUGCCCCCUCAGUAAUGACUCGGUCCUGUCUGCAGGCUUCCAGAUAGACACCCCCGACAGCCUGGGGAGGACCUGUCUGCACGCAGCGGCUGCUGGGGGUAAUGUAGAGUGUGUGAAGUUGCUCCUCAGUAGCAGUGCUGAUCACAACCGGCGAGAUAACUGUGGCAGGACCCCUCUCCACUACGCAGCUGCCAAUCGUCACUUCCAGUGCCUGGAAACACUGGUGUCGUGUGGCACCUGCAUCAAUGCCACUGACCAGUGGGGGCGCUCUCCUCUGCAUUACGCUGCUGCCUCUGACCUUGACAGGAGAUGUAUGGCUGGUCACAGUGUUUUGGUCCGACCUACAACAAGAACCCACAACAAGAGCAGGCGCCGUGUCGUGUUAGAACCAGAGAGUGACGGGGUCCAAGCGGAAAAGGAGAAAGAGGCUGCACUGUGCCUAGAGUUCCUGUUGCAGAGUGGGGCUACGGCGUCCCUGAAGGACAAACAGGGCUACAGUCCAGUCCACUAUGCUGCAGCCUAUGGCCACAGAAACUGUCUGAAGUUGCUUCUGGACCGUGAUGAGAACCAUGAGGAAGACACAGACGCCUCAGCAUCACGGAGUCCCCUACACCUGGCCGCAUAUCACGGCCAUGCGCAGGCUCUGGAGGUGCUGUUGGAGCGUCCUAGCGAGGUGGACCAGAGGAACGAGCUGGGCCGGACGCCACUGGCCCUGGCAGCCCUCCGGGGCCACACUGACUGCGCCCUCACUCUGCUCAGCCACGGGGCCUCGCCCCGAAGCACGGACACACCCCGCGGCCGCAUGCCCAUACACCUAGCAGUGAUGAACGGACACACAUCCUGUGUGCGCCUCCUGCUGGAGGACUCUGAUAACGCAGACCUGGUGGAUGCGACCGACUCUCAGGGACAGACCCCCCUGAUGCUGGCUGUGGCGGGGGGACAUGUUGACGCCGUGUCUCUGCUGCUGGAGCGGGAGGCAGGAGUGGACCUAGCCGACAACCAGGGCCUCACUGCUCUCCACCUGGGGUUGCUGAGCGGUCAGGAGGAGUGUGUCCAGUGUCUGCUGGAGCAGGAGGCGUCGGUGCUGCUGGGCGACUCUCGAGGCCGCACGGCGUUGCACCUGGCGGCGGCGCGAGGUCACGCCUCCUGGCUGAGUGAGCUGCUCAGCAUCGCCUGUGGCGAGCCGCCCCUCCCCCAGCCCUCCGCUUUCCGCGAUCGCCAUGGAUACACACCCCUGCACUGGGCCUGCUACAAUGGACAUGAAAGCUGUGUGGAGGUGCUGCUGGAGCAGAAAGGCUUCCGGAGUUUCGAUGGGAACCCCUUCACUCCUCUCCACUGUGCUGUGCUAAAUGACCAUGAGCCAUGUGCUACUCUGCUCCUGGAGGCUCUAGGCUCUGACAUCGUCAGCUGUCUGGACGCCAAGGGCCGGACUCCUCUCCAUGCUGCCGCGUUUGCGGGGCAUGUUGACUGUGUCCAGCUGCUCCUGGCCCAUGAUGCUCCUGUGGACGCCGUGGACCAAUCAGGACUCAGCGCUCUGAUGAUGGCAGCGGAGAGGGGCAGGGUUGGUGCCGUAGAGGCUCUGCUCACUAGCGUGAAGGCCGACCUCAGCCUGACUGACCAGAGUGGGAACACAGCACUCCACCUGGCCUGCAGUAAGGGAAGGGAGGACUGUGCACUAUUUAUACUGGAGAAGCUGACAGAACCCUCCCUCAUCAGUGCCACUAAUACUGCCCUACAGACGCCUCUUCACCAGGCUGCGCGUAGUGGUCUGAAGCAGGUGGUUCAGGCGCUGCUGUCCCGGGGGGCUAGUGUGGAGGUUCUGGAUGAGAACGGUCUCACUCCUGCUCUGGCUUGCGCUCCAAGCAGAGAGGUAGCCGACUGCCUGGCUCUCAUUCUGGCUUCCAUGAUGCCUUUCUGCUCCCCUUGCAGUUCCGGAGCCCCCUCCCCAGGUGCCCUCCUGAGGAUGCUGCCGCUGCCCACCAAAGCCGGCCACCAGGGGGCGCCCCGCAGCCCACGCAACCGCUCCGCCGGACCCUCCAGCGAGGGCACGACGGAGAACGACUCCGACUCGGAAACCUUUUGACCUCCAGAUCCCUCGACCCCCCCACCCAUAACAACAAUAUCAACAAGAAGUACCAAUCCAGACCGUAGUCCCCCCCUGUGUGUAGUUGUUUUGUCACUUGCCUCUUACAUUCAUUUUAAAAGUGUGCAGAAUGAUUUGUUUGGUUUUAUUUUCUGUUUGAGGCAAGACUGAACACGGUACAAUCCAUUUUGAUAACAUCUAUUUUUUUUUAAAGACAUUAAAUGUUUUUAUUUUUUGAGUGAAGAAGAGAUAUGUAGAUUGUGAAGAAAAUUGUAGAAAAAAUGAGUGAACUUAACCAAAUAUUGACAUUUGCCAACAUAUUACCACAUGCAGUGAAUACUGGGCAUGGUUUGGUAUGCCAUGUUUCUAGCUUGUGGAUUGUCAAAGCACAAUAUCAACUAGAUUUUACUCAUUGGACCAGAGCUAGCAAAACCAUGUGUUUGUGCAAAAUUUGUACCUGUUUUUUUUUCUCAGGGUAACGAAAGCUUAUAAUUUUCACAUGGAUUAAAAAAGGAAACAUCAAGGUGAUGAAAAUAAUAUGAAGGAAAAAAAAAAGCUAUUUAGCACUUCAAGAAAAAAAAAAUGGUGCAAAUAUCAACUGUGUGUCAAAGCUUGAUCUGACUAGCUCAUAGGUAGUGGACAGCGUCUGCCUCAAGAUAUCCUCACCUUUAGUCUUCAUCAGGGACCAUUGAGAGAUGCAGUGGAACAUAGACAGGUCUAUCCUCCUUAGGACUGUGUAUUAACAAGGCGAGGGCCCGAACCAGGGCUGCUAUCCUGCCAGACCUCCGUCAAGUACUUCAACAUCAAGUAUUUUAGCACUUAAAAAAAUGUUGACAAUUCAUUUUGUAUGAAAUGUAAAGAUUUUUUGUAUAAACUGGCAAUACUUGUAACUAUCAAGCCAAUCUGACACAGGUCCUGCUACUGUAAAAGAUACAGUAUGUUUGUUUAAUCAAGUGUCAAAUGCCCCCAGCCAGGCUCUUGAGGAGCUGGCAUGGGUCCUGCCUGUGUCUGGGCCUAGAGUCUGACACAUGACUUAUGAGGCUUCAUGAAACCCUUAGUCGCUAAAAACUCCUCUGUCCACUGACAGUGUUAUAACUAGUUACACAACUAGCUCACAUUAUGCAGGUUGACCUUCUGUUGUGAGUCUGGUUUGAAGUGAAGUGAAGGUACUCUAAGGGACAACUUGAAUGCAGAUUCCUUAAUGUUACACAAUGGUACAACUGCCGGCUCUCCAGCGUGAGGAGGAGGAGGGCGGUGAAGGGUUAAAACGGGACGUGUGACCGAGACCUCAACUACUCCCUCAUCAUGCUCUCCUCCCUCUCGUCCCCUGUGUCUGUCUUAAUUCUGGUCAUUCCUUGGUCAUCAAUGGGAACGUCUUAAACUUGUCCAGUGCCUUGUUAUAUUAAUUUUGUACUUUAGUUCAUGUACUUGGAAAGAGAGAAAAAAAAACAUUUGAUCUUUUCUUUACCUGACUGAGGUGCUGGUAAUGCAAUGUGAAGAUGAGAAAUGAGAGCUGGCACGAUUUAAGAUUGGCCCACUCAGUUUGUCAAGUCAAUCAGCUGAAACUCGCCUUACUAUGUCGGCAUGUUUUCUAUGUCAAGUGGUGUGUGCCACUGUGUGUGUGUAUGAGUGCAAUACACCUAACAGAACUAGGUCAUUUUCCAUGUGCUUGUGAGUAUGUGUGUGUGUGUGUGUGUGUAUGCGAUAUGUGUGUAAAAAUGUUGUGUUUUCACUCUUAAACCCCAUUCUCUUGCACAGAUUGAAAUACCACUUUUCCUUUCUUUUAUAGCAAAAAGCACAGAAGUUCUUACAAAUUUGAUAAGAAAUAUGAAUAUGACAUGUUGAGUUUAUGAAGUGGUGUGAUGCAGAUACUGAGUGUGGGUGGAACUAGCAGUAUUAUACCAGAGAAAGCUUUUUUUUUUUUGCCAUUUGUGACAAUCUUGUGUGUACCAGAUGUUCAUGCCAGUUCCUGAUGCAGUACCAAAAUGCUGAGGGCUGUGUCAGCUGAGGUUUGUGUUUUAUAAGUAUAUAAUGAUAUUAAAAUUUGAUUGAAUUAAA